UUGUGUGAUAGUGAAUUUUUGUCAUAGUUUCAAAUGAAAAAUUUGAUUAAUCAUUUUAUCAGUAUAGUAAGAAAAGUAUACAUGCUAGCAUUUGUGCUCGACGGUCAUAAUACUAGUAAAUCUGAAAUGAAAUAAGAGUAGUGUACAUUUUGAUUCACAAUUUAUUUGAUUACACUUUUUGUCUGCAAGAUUUUAAUAAUGUCCGAGCCAAAUAAUCCAUUUGCGGGUUUGCUGGGAGUGUCAGAGGUGAAUGCAACCAAUAAUAAUACAAAUUAUGUGAACCCUGACGCAGCUCUACAAGAGAACCCUAAGAAAUCACAAGAAGAUGAGGAUGCUGAAAUAAUUAACAACAUUGUUGAAAAUGUUUUUCACUUUACGAUAAACGCAAAUGCACUACAAGGACCUCAAAACAAUAGACAGUUGAUAUUCUUAGAAGAACUAGCUGAGGCGAUGAAACCUCGCAUUCACAUAGAUUUGGAGGCAUUGGAACAGGCACUUUUUGAAAGACUACUUUUGCCUGACAUUGAACUGUGUGUUAUACCCAAAAAUAAUAAAGUAUUUCAAGAACAUGUGGUCCAGAAGCAGGUGUUUUCGUAUUUAUUUAGCUCUAUUCAAACUCUUCAAUGUUAUGAGAACCAUAGUUCUACUGUUGUGAAAAAUGGGGUGCAAAAGAUGCGUGAGCUGAUAUUCAGAAAUGCUGUAACAGCCCUUAAGCAACCAGCCCUGUUUGAGGGACAAGACUUCACUGCGCAACUUGUAGAAUUAUUGAAACAUGUUGAUCCUCAAAGUCACGCAUUCUUUAUUGACAUUGUAAAGGCAUUUGUUUUUGAUGGUGAAGAUGGGGUUCAGGAACAGUUGCGAGACACAAUGGUGCCAGUUCUACAAAUGCUACAUGCUGAAGUAAACAAGUCCAAUAUCAUCAACCUUCCUAUCUACAUCCUGCCAUCUAUACACAUUUUUGCCAGUCAUCCAAACUUAGCACAAAUUUUAAUGGAAACAUGUGAACCAAAAAAUAAAACGAAUGGAAGGUUUUACCAAGACUCGGUUAUAGGCGCACUUCUGAGCCUAUCAGUUCUACCAAGAACAUCUUCCUCAUUCCAUCAGUUCUUUGAUAACCCAAUGGAUCAGUCGGCAAUAUCAUUGAUGGAGACAUCAAUUUGGAAUGCGUCUUCACAUCUCACUAACAAUCUACACAAGAUAUUCCUGACGCUGCUCAAAGGGGGUCCGCAGAUGAGGAACCGUUUGUUGUCAUGGAUCGGAAACUGUUUAAAGAUGAAUGUUGCUAAAGGCAAGCUGUGGAAUGUUCAGGCUGGUGAAGUUAGCGCAGCAACACUGAGCUGUGUCUCGGAUGGCUUCAUGUUGAACCUCGGAGCAGUACUUCUCCAUCUAUGCCAGCCAUUCUGCACCACCGCUGAUGACCCCAAAUCACUCAAAAUUGACCCCACAUAUGGUGCUGUACCUCCAGAAGAAUGUGAAGCCAAAUCAGUACAUCUAGAUUGCCUACACAGCGAGACGAGUCUGCUGCCAUCUAGGGAAGACGAAAACAACCAGUCGUUGAAGAGGCCCACAGCUGACACCUAUAACUUUGUUACCGAGUGCUUUUUCAUGACGCAAAAAUGUAUUGAUUUGGGUGUCCGAGUGUGCGCAGAGAAGCUGUACCGCUGCGGACAAGAGUUGGGGCGCGCGCAGCGAGCCAUGGCGGACGUGGGCGGCGCGCACCACCUGCUCGAGCCCAUGCGGCAGAGGACUCACCAUCUCAUGACCAAAUUCGUGAGCCUCCGCUGCGCGCUACUGGAGAGUGAAAUGCUGACAAAUCUAAACCGACUACAAGCCACCACUUGCACUUGGCUGGUGCAAGUGGCUAUCCGGCCCGAUCCAGCCGCGCCGCAGGCCAACUACGCGCCUACAAAUAUUGUGCCUGUGGAGAUGCCUAUCCGGACACCGCCGCCUGAUACUUUACGGUGCAUCCCAGAAUUCGUGCUAGAAAACAUAGUGGUGCUAAUAACAAUGGCGCGGCGCACAGUGGGGGCCAUCACAGAGGAAGCGGACGUAGCGGGGCUACUACAGCCCGCGCUCACGCUCGUGCUCACGUUCAUGGGCGACUCCGGCCGCACCUACAACCCUCACCUCAGGGCUCGUCUAGCAGAAUGCCUGGAGGCGAUGUUGCCAAACCACCCCGACGAUCAGCAGCCAUUAAACAGCCUCGCAUCCUUCUACCGUGAGCAGUUGUUUAAGGAGCAUCCACAUAGAUUACAGUUGGUGCCCUGUCUACUGGACGUGUUCGUGGGCAUAGAGAUGACUGGUCAGAGCGUCGCGUUCGAGCAGAAAUUCAACUACCGCCGCCCCAUGUACCUUGUGAUGGACUUCCUGUGGACCAUGGAGGAGCAUAGAGAUGUAUUCACUCGACUGGCCAAAGAAGCUGAAGCCAACAUGGAAGCGGUCCAUCCACCCAUAUUCCUGCGGUUUGUGAACCUGCUCAUCAAUGACGCCAUCUACUUGCUGGAUGAGGCGCUUGGCAACAUGGCGCAGAUCCGGACGAUGCAAACUGCACAAGAAUCAGGCGCUUGGGCUAAUCUAACCCCACAAGAGCGCGAGCAGAACUUCGGGAACCUUUCCCACAUCGGCAUGCUCGCUCGCUUCGACAACAUACUCGGGCGCGACACCAUCCGUACCCUCGUGCGGUUGACCGCUCACGCUCCGUACGUGUUCUGCCAUCCCACGCUGGUCGAGCGGAUCGCGUCUAUGCUCAAUUAUUUCCUGUUACAUUUGGUUGGGCCUAAUAAGAAGAAUUUAAAGGUAAAAGAUAUGAAAGAGUUCGAAUUCGACCCCGCCACAACAGUGCUGGACAUCUGCCGCAUGUACGUGGAGCUGGGCAGCAGCGAGCGGUUCUGCGCCGCGGUGUCGGACGACGGCCGCUCCUACUCGCCGCAGCUGUUCACGCUCGCCGAGGCCGUGCUGGUCCGUAUCGGCGGCGGUUCCUUAAUCGGAUCUCUACAAGAAGUGGCCCAGCGCGUAGCCACCCUGGCUGAGCAGAGACAGCGCGACGAAGAGAUCCUCGCCAACGCGCCCGAAGAGUUCCUCGAUCCUAUUAUGAGCACACUCAUGCUCGACCCCGUCACGCUGCCGUCCUCGCGCACCACAAUAGACCGCACCACCAUCGCCAGACACUUGCUAAGUGACCAGUCGGAUCCCUUCAACCGAUCGCCGCUAUCCAUGGAUCAAGUGAAAUCUAACGUUGAACUAAAAGAGAAAAUCCACGCGUGGAUCGCCGAACAGAGGCAGAAAAUUGCUCAACCCCGGACCAGCGACACAUAGAUUUUAUAAUUUUGUAUGUUACUUGUUAGUCGGCAUACUAGACAGGCUAGUAUCGUCAUAGUUAGUCUUUAAUAGCGUUGUGCCAUUCUUGAGAACCUACUCUAUUUUGUAUCGAGUUUCUAUGCAAAAUCGAGAGCAUUUUCGAGAGUGGUAUAACAGUUUUUUAGGUGCGUCCAGAUUUGGCAAUUACGCCGCUCGACACCAUUCAGGAAAGGGUCAGUAGCUAUUUAUAUGCAUUUUGUAGUACGUUAAGAAGAGUAGGUGCAAUAUGUGAUGAGAAUGGCGCGCUACCGGAUUUGCCAGAUUUGGACGGACUUUAAAAUUGGUCCUGUAAGAAAAUGCAGUAGGUAUCAUAGAAUAAUAUCUUAAUGGCUAAACGUGUCUGGAUUAUAUCAUCUAUUUUUACCAUUUAUCCACAGCGGCAAUUUGACUUUAUUUUUGUCAAGUUGACGAUGGCACAGACAACUGUCUAAAUUAUUAGACAUGCAAAGUGAAAGCGUUUAUUGUGGGUUCUUGUAGAGCGCGAUAAAGAGCCACACGGUCUUUUUUAGCAUAAGCUAUAAAAUAAGUUUUAUAUGUACUUGUAAGUUGGUUGUGUGUAGGGUUUUCUUCACACCCCGUCCUCAAGUACAGCGUAUAAGGGUAAGCUUGUGACGGUGUCCUAAUGACCAUAGCUGGAUAUCCACCGAGCGAAUAAUACCACAGCGAACCACGUUCGACGUGUUGCCUCUCUGUCGCACUUGUAAAUUCGUACGUAAGUGUGACAGGGAGGCAACACGUCGAACGUGGUUCGCGGUAGGCUCUCUAGUUCAGCGCGCAUAAUAACCGUGUGAUACAGUCGAAAGUUUUAAUUUACGACCCAUUUUGCACCUUGUCACGGUGACAAUCAAUAUGAAAUCGCUAGAGACCUCAUACUAUUAUCACUGUGACAGGUGCAAAAGGGGUCAUAAAUCAAAACUUACGACCGUACAUUAGAAAACUAGUUCGCGCAAACGUGUACUUUGUUACGAGGGAACAUGGUAUACAAUUAUAUGACUUCGAAACCUGCUGAAGCUUUCCGUGGAUAUCAAGCUUUGUACGAUUAGAUACUAGUUGCCUAAGAGCAUUCAGCGAGCAUUAUUAUUAUGGGCCGGUUGCACCAAAUCCUCAGUCAGCGUCAUCGUAGUAAUGUUUAACACGUCUAUAACAUUUUCUUGUGAACGACCGGCGAUAUUUUAAUGCAAGUAAAUGCGCUUUACUAAUGUGACAGACAUAUACCUAAAUAGGCAUCGCAUGUUCUGCUAUUUAUAUAAACACUAAGUGUGUCAUUUCAUGUGUGACAUUUGUAACGUCACAAGGGUAAUACAUUUGUCGUGUAAUAGACAUACAGUGAUAUCUAAAAUAAGAUGGUGCAAACUGGCGUUUGCGCAUUUAAAUUGGGAUAGUUUAGUGCGUUUUGGGGAUGAUUAGAGUUAAAAUAUAGUUAGUUACUUUUAUCCAGGUGAUCUAUUCAGAUAUAUGUCUGGCUAAAAUCUGUCCCGAACACCCAAAAGAAGCCAUAAAUAACUCUGAACGUUAGUUGUAUCACAGAAUAAAUAAUAGUACUACCGUACAGAAAGGAAGCUUCCUACAAAACCGAAGUUUGACAGCGGUUCAGGGUCGAAUCAUGCUAUCCCUUUCUAAUACAUGGCACUAUCCCUUUCGGCCAAUUAGGGUUGUCAAAAUUCAAGUGAUUAUCUUAUCUGUGGUCGUGCACGCAAAAGGAAGUCAAGUGGUGCCAACCCUAAUAAUUGCUCGGAGCAAUGCUGAGCCGAGCGGAGCCGAGUUUGGCCGAAGUCAGGAGCUUCGCACCCCUGGUUGUAUAUGAAUGUGAUGUUUACAUGUCAAACCAUUGUACAUUAGCUUGUUUACAUAAAAUGACUGUUCGACCGACAUUCCCCUGUAUAGUUUUCCAUUCGUUCAAGUGAGUAUAACGACGAGAAUGGUGCAAUUUUAUUUGGUGAACUAUUUUGUGAUAGCUAUAGUAAUAUAGGUUGUUAAAUUUAUUUGUAUUUCAGAAUGUAUUUAUCGUUUUAAUAUAUAUUUAUUAUAAAUUACUUAGGUAUUGAUUAUUAAGUAUUCAAAAUUAAAAUGCACUGAAUAUUUAUUUAAAUGAUACUGAGAUAACUGCUACUUUAUUGAUUUGAAUGCAUACGUUUACGUUUCUUUCUCUGACCACCUUUUUUUUGUACAAUUGUGUACAGAUUAUAAACUCUUAAUUACAUCAGUCGAAUAUAUUUUACGAUUUGGGCCGUGUUGCAUAAUAAACUACAACUAAUAUUACAAGCGGAACUCCUUUUCUAAUAAGUGAAAUUAGAAAAGGAGUUCCGCUUGUAAUAUUAGUUGUAGUUUAUUAUGCAACACUGCCUAGGACUUAUGAAUUUAUGACAUAGGCAGACAGUGUAAAGCUCUGAUUUCCUAAGAUAGCGGUGCCGUCAUAUGUAUAGCGGUCAUCUCCAUACAAAAUACUAAUCAUCCUUAUUUAGCUGUAUUAUUUUGUAUGGAGACGACCGUUAUAUGACGGCACCGCUAUCCUAGGAAAAAUUUCGCAAGUAGCUAAUUAAUAAUGAAACAUUUGCUAAUCCGGCAAGUGGACUAAAACUAGCGCAAUGGCCCUAGUAAAUUUGCUGAAGUAUAUCAUUUCGACUGGUACAAUAACGUGACCUGCAGCCAAAUUAUCGGUUCGUCCGAGAUGCACCUACAUUUUAAGAUUAUAUUAAUUGACAUUUUCAGCUGAAUAAAACGACAGGGGACAUUUUUGUAUGCACGGUAAGCACGUAUGUAUUGUAUGUUCACGUUUGUCGCUUAGUACUGGCUGAGGGUGCGUGGUAGAAAACUAAAAGCGAUGAUUUAGCACGACAGAUAUUCAUACGAUAUAAUAUAAGAUAUACAAACAAUUGUCAACUGUCAGCUUUUAUCACUUUUAUGUCCCAUAGCCGCGAGGCGGGCGUUACUGCUAGAGGCACAUAAUCAGUACCUAUCAAAAUAUCAGUAUGGAGCGACAUUCUCUGCAUUUUUGCCUUGUGUUCAUUUGUUUCCAUUUUAGGUAUAUCUAAAGCGAAUUGGGAAUGCGGCACAGCAUUGUGAUGAAUGUCAAUAAAACAGAAAACAUA